UUUGUCUCUUUCGUCUUUCGUUUGCAAUAAAUGUAUUUUAUUAUAACAUCUCCUACUCUAAUUACAUUGUUUGAAUUGCAUUUUUGUCGCAAAUUCUGUGCACAGUAAUAAACAGUCAGUUUAUCAACUUUACAAAGUCAUACAAGUCGAUUUAACAAUGAGUCAAGGCUUUAAUUUCGGCGGUAUCGAACAAGCGUUGGCCGAAGCACGAGGUAGUGGCGUUAGUUUUGAAUCACAAGCCAAAAAAUGGGAAACCGAAGAAGGAGCAAAAGAUCUCAUCGAUGCGAUAAAUAACUGUAAAUCAUUGAAUUUUCUGAAUCUGGAGGGGAAUACAUUGGGAGUGGAUGCAGCCAAGGGAAUUGGCGAAGCGUUGAAAAAACAUCCCGAAUUCCAGCGUGCAUUGUUCAAAGAUCUUUUUACCGGACGAAUGAAGACUGAAAUCCCGCCGGCUUUGCAGUCAAUGGGAAGAGGCAUGAUUGAUGCCGGUGCACAAUUAACAGUUUUUGAUUGCAGUGAUAAUGCACUUGGACCGAAUGGAAUGACUGGUCUAGUUGAAUUGUUCAGAAGCCGUGCUUGUUAUUCGCUUCAGGAAUUAAAAUUGAAUAAUUGCGGCCUUGGAAUUGGUGGUGGAAAAAUGUUGUCUCAGGCACUGCUCGAUUGUUAUGAUGCAAGUGAGAAAGCCGGAACACCAUUGCAAUUAAAAGUAUUUAUUGCCGGACGGAAUCGUUUGGAAAAUGAUGGAGCAAAAGCAUUGGCAAAGGUUUUCGAAAAAGUUAAAACACUUGAGAUGGUUUGGAUGCCACAAAACGGUAUCUAUCAUCCAGGUAUAUCGGCACUAUCCGAAGCAUUCAAAGUAAAUCCAAACAUGAAGUCACUGAAUUUGAACGACAACACAAUCACAGCAAAAGGUGCAGAAGCAUUGAGAGAUGCUUUGAUUUGUAUGCAAAAUUUGGAGGAAAUCAAUUUUGGUGAUUGUUUGUUGAAAACAAAAGGAGCCAUUAUUUUGGGUGAAGCAUUGCGCGACGAACAUUUAGCAUUGGAAACAUUGAUUUUGGAUCACAACGAAAUUGGACCCAACGGUGGAUAUUCGAUUGCAGAAGCUAUGGCCAAUAAAGAUCAAUUACAAACACUCAAUUUGAAUGGAAACCAAUUUGGAGAAGUAGCUCGUGAAGAAAUUAGAGAAACUUUGGAAGAAUUGCAACGUUUGAAUGCAUUAGAAGAGCUAGACGAAGAUGAUUCGGAGGGUGAAGAAGAAGAUGAUGAAAAUGGAGAUGGCGAAGUCUCUGGAGACGAUGAAGAAUCAGAUGCUGACACUUAUGAAGCCGACGAAGACGAAUAUGUGAACGUUACUAUGGAUUCUAUUAAUCAAUCAAUUAACUGGACAUUGAACUCGACCGUCGAAUUGAAUGACAGUAGUGUUGUUUUCACGGGAACAAGCGAACAACCAAAUACAGUGCUAACAUUCUGCAACACUCCACAUCCCACAUCAAACCAAUUCGAUGCACUGGUGGAGACAGAUAAAUUGCAAGCUUUCCGAGAUUUCUUACAGUUAGUACCAGAGAAAGACUAUCUUGUCCACUUAGUGUUUGCCAUAAUAAAAUUAUCGGCUACAUCAUUGAAAAAUCAAGAGGCUUUGCGUGUGGCCACUGAAUUGUAUAAAGAUUGCUAUGAUUAUGCUCAAAAAACAAACCAGGUGACUCGUGUAAAUAAUUUUUUCCUAAUGCAAUUGGGUUUGCUGAAGAAUGAAGACAAACAAUUCAAGCCAGCCUAUGAUCAGUCCUCUUGUCGGAAUGCUUUGCAACAUGCAAUCAAAUCGAAAGUGUUUAGCGAUGACGUGGAACAAAUGUUCAACCUUUUCUUAGAGCGUUUUAAUUAAAAGAAAACACACUAAUUUAUACAUUAUAUUCCAUAAUUUUCCAAUGAAUAAACUCACACAAUUUGUCUGGUAACGACAAUUUUUUUUAAUACAAUGUAA